AUGACUUCAACUUGUGAAAUAGAUGCAGAUCUUGUAAAGAAGCUCGACAACUUUCGUUUUGCAAAGUACGAGAGUGGAAACGCUGCCUUUGUUUUACAAAUUGAUAAGAAAUCACUAAAGAUCAUUGAGGAUGAAGUUUAUGAUAACAUUUCUAUAGAAGAUUUGGUUGAAGAAUUACCAGAGAACACACCUCGCUUUAUUAUCUUGAGUUAUGAGUUGAAACAUAGUGAUGGUAGAGUCAAUUUUCCUUUGUUGUUUAUUUACUGGUCUCCUUCUACUGCUAAAGCUGAGAUCAACAUGCUCUAUGCAAGUGCAAAAACAUAUCUUCAAGAAAAGAUUAGUGUGAAUAGAGGUUAUGAUAUCCGUGAUCCAGAAACAUUCACCGAUGAGUUCCUUACUAAACAACUAUUGUAA